UUUGUUUCAGGAAGAAAGUUUCCAUGGCUAAAGAAGUAACAACAAAGCAUCGUAGUACUUUAAAGGUACUAAUGUUUCCGUGGUUGGCUUAUGGACACAUCUCUCCAUUUCUCGACUUAGCUAAGAAACUCGCGGAUAGGGGAUUUACCAUUCGUGUUUGCUCUACAGUUAUAAGUCAUGAAACUAUUAAUAGAGAAAUACCUGAAAAAUACAGUGGUUCAAUUAAGAUUGUUGAACUUCGUUUAGCAAAAUUUCCUGAACUUCCUCCUCAUUGUUGUACGACGAAUGAUGUCCCACCUGAUAUCGAUAGCAUUGUUCUAAAGACCCUGAAAUUGUCCAAACCUAACUUCGCAAAAAUCUUGAAAAAUCUGAAACCUGAUUUAUUGAUUUACGAUUUAUUGUUGGAAUGGGCUGAAGGCUUAGCGAAUGAGCAAAAAAUUCCAGCAAUCAAUUUGAUAACUAUGGGUGCAGCUGUGUUUUCAUACCUUUUUAAUGCGGUAAGAAAACCAGAAGUUGAAUUCCCUUUCCCGAAUAUUUGUCUGGGGAAAUCUGAACUUGUGGAAUUGGGUGAGAUAAUUACGAAAACUGCUAAAGAGAGAGAACCUGAUGACGCCGAUCCUUUUGCUAAAGGAAAUAUGCAAGUUAUGUUAAUAAGUACCUCUAGAACUAUAGAGGCCAAAUACAUUGAUUUUCUUUCUGAAUUGAGCAAUUGGAAAGUCAUUCCUGUUGGUCUACCAAUCAAAAAUCUCACAAACUAUGCCGCGAAUGAAGUGGAGCUCAUUGAUUGGCUAGGAAAGAAAGACAAGAAUUCAAGUAUUUUUGUCUCGUUUGGCAGUGAGUAUUUAUUAUCAAAAGAAGAUAUGGAGGAAAUAGCUUUCGGAUUGGAGCUAAGUAAUGUUAAUUUUAUUUGGGUUGCAAGAUUUUCAAAGGGGGAAGAGCAGAAUCUCAAAGAUGCAUUGCCAAAAGGUUUUCUUGGAAGAAUCGGAGAUAGAGGAAGAGUUCUGGACAAUUUUGGACGACAACCAAGAAUUUUGAAUCAUCCAAGUAUCGGAGGAUUUAUAAGUCCUUGUGCUUGGAGUAAUGUAAUUGAAUGUUUAGAUUUUGGGGUUCCUAUUAUAACAAUGCCUAUAUAUCUUGAUCAAUCAAUGAAUGCGAAGUUGCUGGUAGAAUUGGGAGUUACAGCCGAGAUUGUUAGAGAUAGUGAUGGCAAAAUUCACAAAGCAGAAAUUGCAGAAACUCUUAAAGGUGUCAUAACAGGGGAAAUAGGAAAAAAAUUGAGGGCAAAAGUUGGAGAUAUCAACAAGAAUUUGAAAUCUACAAGGGUUGAAAAAAUGGAUACAGCUGCAGAAGAGCUAAUUCAACUUUGUAAGAAAUAUAAUGACGUACAAAGUUCAAAAAUAAGGUUCAACUUUGUAAGAAAAAUAAUGACGUACAAAGUUUAA